AUGCGCCUUUACUACCUAUCGCACUUUUAUUCAUGUCCCCCUCUCUCCCCUUCUGUGGAUUUCAAGGAAAUAAAAGAUUUCCUGGAAAGAGAAAUAAUCAUCAAACACAAGACUGGAGCAUGGUUGACGAAAGACUUCCUGUAUGCUCAAGUUUCUUCUGUUUUCGUGCUGGCGGCAGCUAUGGGAGCCUUCAGUUGCGGAUGGGUUGCAGACUUUCUCGGACGACGAAAUAGUUUGCUGGUCAACAACCUGAUCGGCAUUGUCGGAUCUGUGCUCAGCGGCUUGUGUGUUGUCGUCGGACAUCCAGCUCUCCUCUACGUGGGUCGAUUCUUCAGCGGCAUCAACAGUGGCAUCACUAUUGGCGUGGCAUCCAUCUACCUGACGGAAAUCGCUCCGCGAAAAUUGCGCGGUAUGAUCGGCGCCUGCCACCAGUUGGCUGUCACCAUGGGCAUUUUUGUGGCCUACCUAGUAACCCUGACGCAUGCACUGAAUGACGCACAAAAGUGGCCACUUGCCAUCGGCAUCGGUGCCAUUCCCCCAGUCAUCUCCUGCAUCUUCUUCCCCUUCUGUCCGGAGAGCGCCCGCUACAUCUACCUGUUGAAGAACCGUGAGGAGGAGGCGCGUAUUGCCUUCCAACGCGUGAAUGCCAGCGAAAAUGUGGAUAUGUUUAUCGCGGAGAUGCGAGAGGAGGCGGAUGUGGCGCGAAAUCAACCCAAGUUCAAAUUCAUCCAGCUCUUCAAGCAGCGAGAUCUCCGCAUGCCCGUUCUCAUUGCUGUGUUGAUUCAGGUUCUGCAGCAGCUCUCGGGCAUAAAUGCGGUAAGUCUCGCCAGACAGGCAAAUUCACCAGCAGUUUUUUUUUUAAACCUUCUCCUCUACCCCCAGGGGUUCAUGGACUGGGCUGCCAUUAAUUUAGCUUUCUUGUAA